AUGGACGACGUCGACUCAGUAUUAGUAGAUAAUGUUAAAUCAUUUGCUUCCGGUGGAUUCGGUGGUAUCUGUGCCGUCUUGACUGGACACCCAUUUGACUUGGUCAAGGUUAGAUUACAAACUGGGUUGUACAACUCUUCCAUACAGUGUGUUAAGGAUACAAUUGCCAAAGAUGGAUUGAGAGGUCUUUAUCGUGGUGUAUUACCUCCAUUAUUGGGAGUUACACCUAUGUUUGCUGUUUCAUUCUGGGGUUACGACGUAGGUAAAAAGAUUGUUGGUUCAUUCACUGGUAAAACUAUUGAUCAAUUCACGAUUGCAGACAUUUCCACCGCCGGUUUCAUCAGUGCAAUUCCAACCACUUUGGUUGCUGCGCCAUUCGAAAGAGUCAAGGUCAUGAUGCAAAUUCAACAAGGUGCAAAAUCUAAAGGUAUGGGUGGUGUCAUUGUUGAUAUGUACAAGACAGGUGGUAUUAGAUCAAUCUUUAAAGGUUCUGUAGCUACCUUGGCCAGAGACGGACCUGGUUCAGCAUUGUACUUUGCCACUUACGAAUAUUUGAAGAAGGAAUUAUCAACUCCAGGUAAGGAUUUGUCUAUUUUUGCAAUCAUGACUGCUGGUGGUUUUGCAGGUGUUGCCAUGUGGUUGGGUGUUUUCCCAAUCGACACGAUCAAAUCGACUCAGCAAUCAUCAAACGUACCUGUCUCAAUUGCCCAAACUACUAAAAACAUCUACGCAAAAGGUGGUGUCAAGGCGUUCUUCCCUGGUGUAGGUCCUGCCUUGGCUAGAUCAUUCCCUGCCAAUGCUGCCACAUUCUUGGGUGUUGAAAUUGCCAAGAAUGCCUUGGACAAGAUCGUAUAA